ACUAAACAUGGCCUUAAUUUGAUUGAAGCUAACUAUCUUUUCUCAUUAGAGCAGCUCCAGUGUGUGGUUUUAGAUGGUGUUGGGAGGUGAGAGAAAGGAAUCUCAGGGGUGCAACACACGGAGCACAACUCGCAAGUAGUGCUAUCUGAUUCCGACCGCCCACCUGGUGCAAAGGAAUAAAAAAGGCGGGCAUGUAGACAUGGUGGGUGGGAAAGGCUGCUCACAAGAGUAGUAUCUAAUUCUCGAUGCGUCGCGUAAGUCACCUAGUAGGAACCUAAACGCUGGAGCGGUUUUUGUUGGAUUGGACAUCGAUGCAACCUCUUGUAGAUGCUCAUGCAUAUGGUCCAUAAACAUCGUGCUUGGUUCGCCGGAUGGAGUGGUCCGGAAUCAUCCGAACCUAAUACCGAGCCUAAGCAUCAUGUUUGGUUUGCGUCGCGGCAAGCCCCUCGCCGACGCCGCGACACCAGCCGCUUUGUACCGGGUGAUGGGCUGCUCCGGGAGGAGCGUGUCCGUCGGCCAGUCGAAGCUCUGCCACAGCGUGCUCCCGGCGGUGUCGGCCACGACGAGGUUGCCGGUGUCGAGGAACUGCGAGCGCUCGGCCUGCGUGCCACUGGUGUUGGUCCUCCACACCACGCGGCCGUCAAAGUCCUGGAGCACCAUUGACCCGUCCUUGCGGAACCCGGCGCGCGAGCCCCUGCCGUUGACGGGGGCGUCGCGGUUGGCCGUCCACGCCACGGUGGCGUCGGCGGAGCGGGUGAACCAUAUGGCGAACGUGUAGGCGUUGGUGGCCACCUUGUAGAAGCCACAGGAGAAGUUGCCGCUGGGAGACACAAGGAGGUCGGCGGAGGCGUCGUCCACUACGGCGAUUGAGUCACCGCGCCAUAGAGUGCUCCUCCGGCUUCCGCUUGCUGAAAGCGCAGUGGAAGGCAACGAGGCGAGCAGGAGAAAUACCGAGGCGAGGAGGGUGUUUUCUCUCAUGGUGUUGCAAGUCUACUCUCAGGUGCAUGGCAACUUUUGUACUCUCAGCCUCUCAGGAGUGCUUGGAGAUUGGUGGUUGUAGUUGUAGUCUACGAGUCAUGUGGUCUUUGGCUGGUCAAGAUACAUGCUUUUCUACAUUCUAACCGUCGAACAAGAGAAGGCACUGUUGGCUAACGGUACCUAGGUCGCCGUCUGGAACAGGUUGCUACCUGGUCAGGCCUUCCAGAGCGUCACCGACAUGGAGCUCAACUGACCAGUAGAUCACAACCUCAACUACAUGAAACAUUUGUAAGGAGCGGAGUUCAGCUGCUUUCUUUCAUAAUAAAAAAGGAGGUUGAUGUGCAACAAUUACAACCGCUCUUUUUCAUCUUCUUCUUUUCUUUCUUUGUUUCCUAAUAGGACCAUA